AUGGAUCUAGAGCAGGCUCUGCAGGAGGUCGGGGAGUUCGGGCCGUACCAGAAGCAGGCUGUGGCCAUCCUGGUCCUGACCCAGGUGUAUAUGGCCUGUCAGUCCAUGCUGAUCGUCCUGUUGUGUGUGUAUAUGGCCUGUCAGUCCAUGCUGAUCGUUCUGGUGGGUACGACUCCUUCGUACCAUGUGACCGCGGUGCAGGACGACCCCUCCCCCUCCCCCCCGAGGGUUGUCUUCACCGAGGACGUGGACAGUAUUGUGACAGAGUGGGUCCUGGUGCAGCAGCAGGCCUAUAAGGUGAGCCUGGCUGGGUCUCUGUUCUUCGCUGGUCUGCUGCUCGGGAACAUCAUCUUUGGACCUCUGUCGGACACCGUGGGCAGGAGGCCGGUCUAUCUGACGGGGCUGCUCCUGGAGGUGAUCUUCGGGUACCUGACGGCGUUCGCUCCCAGUUAUGAGGUGUUCGCGGCCUCUCGUCUGCUGGUGGGUCUGACCAACGGAGGCAUCGGUCUGGUCUGCUUCGUGCUCACACAGGAGUAUGUGGGCAAGUCCUACUGGGCCAUGACCGGGACCCUGGGCAGUAUGACCUUUGCUGUGGGCAUCUCUCUCUUCGGGGCCCUGGGGUUCCUGAUCCGUCCCUGGAGGAGUCUGGCUCUCGUUGCGAACUCGUCAGGAGUGCUCUGCCUCCUGCUCUCUGUGACGCUCCCAGAGUCUCCUCGAUGGCUGUACUCCCAGGGCCGAACCGAGGAGGCGGAGGAGGUGAGGCUCACUCUGCUCCUCUCACUCUGCUCCUCUCACUCUGCUCCUCUCAUUCUGCUCCUCUCAUUCUGCUCCUCUCACUCUGCUCCUCUCACUCUGCUCCUCUCACUCUGCUCCCCUCACUCUGCUCCUCUCACUCUGCUGCUCUCACUCACCCUGCUCCUCUCACCCUGCUCUUACUCUGCUCCUCUCACUCUGCUCCUCUCACCCUGCUCCUCUCACUCUGCUCCUCUCACUCUGCUCCUCUCACUCUGCUCCUCUCACUCUGCUCCCCUCACUCUGCUCCUCUCACUCUGCUCCUCUCACUCUGCUCCUCUCACUCUGCUCCUCUCACUCUGCUCCUCUCACCCUGCUCCUCUCACUCUGCUCCUCUCACCCUGCUCCUCUCACUCUGCUCCUCUCACUCUGCUCCUCUCACUCUGCUCCUCUCACUCUGCUCCUCUCACUCUGCUCCUCUCACCCUGCUCCUCUCACUCUGCUCCUCUCACUCUGCUCCUCUCACUCUGCUCCCCUCACUCUGCUCCCCUCACUCUGCUCCUCUCACUCUGCUCCUCUCACCCUGCUCCUCUCACCCUGCUCCUCUCACCCUGCUGCUCUCACUCUGCUCCUCUCACUCUGCUCCUCUCACUCUGCUCCUCUCACUCUGCUCCUCUCACCCUGCUCCUCUCACUCUGCUCCUCUCACUUUGCUCCUCUCACUCUGCUCCUCUCACUCUGCUGCUGCUCUCACCCUGCUCCUCUCACUCUGCUCCUCUCACUCUGCUCCUCUCACCCUGCUCCUCUCACUCUGCUCCUCUCACUCUGCUGCUGCUCUCACCCUGCUCCUCUCACUCUGCUCCUCUCACUCUGCUCCUCUCACCCUGCUCCUCUCACUCUGCUCCUCUCACUCUGCUCCUCUCACUUUGCUCCUCUCACCCUGCUCCUCUCACCCUGCUCCUCUCACUCUGCUCCUCUCACUCUGCUCCUCUCACUCUGCUCCUCUCACUCUGCUCCUCUCACUCUGCUCCUCUCACUCUCUCUCACUGCUCCUCUCACUCUGCUGCUCCUCUCACUCUGCUGCUGCUCUCACUCUGCUCCUCUCACUCUGCUCCCCUCACUCUGCUCCUCUCACUCUGCUCCUCUCACUCUGCUCCUCUCACUCUGCUGCUCCUCUCACUCUGCUCCUCUCACUCUGCUCCUCUCACCCUGUUCCUCUCACUCUGCUCCUCUCACUCUGCUCCCCUCACUCUGCUCCCCUCACUCUGCUCCCCUCACUCUGCUCCUCUCACUCUGCUCCCCUCACUCUGCUCCUCUCACUCUGCUCCUCUCACUUUGCUCCUCUCACUCUGCUCCUCUCACUCUGCUGCUGCUCUCACUCUGCUCCUCUCACUCUGCUCCUCUCACUCUAUUCCUCUCACUCUGCUCUUCUCACUCUGCUCCUCUCACUCUGCUCCUCUCACUCUAUUCCUCUCACUCUGCUCCUCUCACUCUGCUCCUCUCACUCUGCUCCUCUCACUCUGCUCCUCUCACCCUGCUCCUCUCACCCUGCUCCUCUCACCCUGCUCCUCUCACUCUGCUCCUCUCACUCUGCUCCUCCCACUCUGCUCCCCUCACUCUGCUCCUCUCACUCUGCUCCUCUCACUCUGCUCCUCUCACUUUGCUCCUCUCACUCUGCUCCCCUCACUCUGCUCCUCUCACUCUGCUCCUCUCACUCUGCUCCUCUCACUCUAUUCCUCUCACUCUGCUCCUCUCACUCUGCUCCCCUCACUCUGCUCCUCUCACUCUGCUCCCCUCACUCUGCUCCUCUCACUCUGCUCCUCUCACUUUGCUCCUCUCACUCUGCUCCCCUCACUCUGCUCCUCUCACUCUGCUCCUCUCACUCUGCUCCUCUCACUCUAUUCCUCUCACUCUGCUCCUCUCACUCUGCUCCUCUCACUCUGCUCCUCUCACCCUGCUCCUCUCACCCUGCUCCUCUCACUCUGCUCCUCUCACUCUGCUCCUCCCACUCUGCUCCCCUCACUCUGCUCCUCUCACUCUGCUCCUCUCACUCUGCUCCCCUCACUCUGCUCCUCUCACUCUGCUCCUCUCACUCUGCUCCUCUCACUCUGCUCCUCUCACUCUAUUCCUCUCACUCUAUUCCUCUCACUCUGCUCCUCUCACUCUGCUCCCCUCACUCUGCUCCUCUCACUCUGCUCCUCUCACUCUGCUCCUCUCACUCUGCUCCUCUCACUCUAUUCCUCUCACUCUGCUCCUCUCACUCUGCUCCUCUCACUCUGCUCCUCUCACUCUGCUCCUCUCACCCUGCUCCUCUCACCCUGCUCCUCUCACUCUGCUCCUCUCACUCUGCUCCUCUCACUCUCUGCUCCCCUCACUCUGCUCCUCUCACUCUGCUCCUCUCACUCUGCUCCUCUCACUCUGCUCCCCUCACUCUGCUCCUCUCACUCUGCUCCUCUCACUCUGCUCCUCUCACUCUGCUCCUCUCACUCUAUUCCUCUCACUCUGCUCCUCUCACUCUGCUCCUCUCACUCUGCUCCUCUCACUCUGUUCCUCUCACUCUGCUCCUCUCACUCUGCUCCCCUCACUCUGCUCCCCUCACUCUGCUCCUCUCACUCUGCUCCCCUCACUCUGCUCCUCUCACUCUGCUCCUCUCACUCUGCUCCUCUCACUCUGCUCCUCUUACUCUGCUGCUGCUCUCACCCUGCUCCUCUCACUCUGCUCCUCUCACUCUGCUCCUCUCACCCUGCUCCUCUCACCCUGCUCCUCUCACUCUGCUCCUCUCACUUUGCUCCUCUCACUCUGCUCCUCUCACCCUGCUCCUCUCACCCUGCUCCUCUCACUCUGCUCCUCUCACUUUGCUCCUCUCACUCUGCUCCUCUCACUCUGCUGCUCCUCUCACCCUGCUCCUCUCACUCUGCUCCUCUCACUUUGCUCCUCUCACUCUGCUCCUCUCACUCUGCUGCUGCUCUCACCCUGCUCCUCUCACUCUGCUCCUCUCACUCUGCUCCUCUCACCCUGCUCCUCUCACCCUGCUCCUCUUACUCUGCUCCUCUCACUUUGCUCCUCUCACUCUGCUCCUCUCACCCUGCUCCUCUCACCCUGCUCCUCUCACUCUGCUCCUCUCCUCACUUUGCUCCUCUCACUCUGCUCCUCUCACUCUGCUCCUCUCACUUUGCUCCUCUCACUCUGCUCCUCUCACUCUGCUGCUGCUCUCACCCUGCUCCUCUCACCCUGCUCCUCUCACUUUGCUCCUCUCACUCUAUUCCUCUCACUCUGCUCCUCUCACUCUGCUCCCCUCACUCUGCUCCUCUCACUCUGCUCCUCUCACUCUGCUGCUGCUCUCACUCUGCUGCUGCUCUCACUCUGCUCCUCUCACCCUGCUCCUCUCACUCUGCUCCUCUCACUUUGCUCCUCUCACUCUGCUCCUCUCACUCUGCUGCUCCUCUCACUCUGCUCCUCUCACUCUGCUCCUCUCACCCUGCUCCUCUCACUCUGCUCCUCUCACUCUGCUCCUCUCACCCUGCUCCUCUCACCCUGCUCCUCUCACUCUGCUCCUCUCACUCUGCUCCUCUCACUCUGCUCCUCUCACUCUGCUCCUCUCACUCUCCUCUUUCACCCGCCUGUGUUCAGCGCCUGUGUUCAGCGUCUGUGUUCAGCGUCUGUGUUCAGCGUCUGUGUUCAGCAUCUGUGUUCAGCGUCUGUGUUCAGCGUCUGUGUUCAGCGCCUGUGUUCAGCGCCUGUGUUCAGCGUCUGUGUUCAGCGUCUGUGUUCAGCGUCUGUGUUCAGCGUCUGUGUUCAGCGUCUGUGUUCAGCGUCUGUGUUCAGCGUCUGUGUUCAGCGUCUGUGUUCAGCGUCUGUGUUCAGCGUCUGUGUUCAGCGUCUGUGUUCAGCGCCUGUGUUCAGCGUCUGUGUUCAGCGCCUGUCUUCAGCGUCUGUGUUCAGCGUCUGUCUUCAGCGUCUGUGUUCAGCGCCUGUGUUCAGCGUCUGUGUUCAGCGUCUGUGUUCAGCGUCUGUGUUCAGCGUCUGUGUUCAGCGUCUGUGUUCAGCGUCUGUGUUCAGCGUCUGUGUUCAGCGUCUGUGUUCAGCGUCUGUGUUCAGCGUCUGUGUUCAGCGUCUGUGUUCAGCGCCUGUGUUCAGCGUCUGUGUUCAGCGCCUGUGUUCAGCGUCUGUGUUCAGCGCCUGUGUUCAGCGUCUGUGCUCACUGUGGGUGUGUCCACAGGUGCUGCGGUACAUGGCGCUGAGGAACGGUCGGCCCGUCCAUAACCUGCUGCUGCGGCGUGUAGUGCCCAGAGCCACAGACAGAGGGCGCUCUCCAGGCCUCCUGCAGCUGCUGCUCCACCCAGUGCUGCGCAUGCGGACGCUGGUGCUCAUGUAUGUAUGGUAUGCGUGCAGUCUGGUGUACUACGGCCUGACGCUGGGCGCAGGAGAGACCUCAGGAAACCGUUUUGUGAACGUGGCCAUGUACGGACUGGUGGAACUACCCGCCUACCCCCUCUGCAUCUACUUCAUCAACAAGCACUGGGCAGGGCGGAGGAAGAGCAUGGCAGGCUUCUUGGCUCUGGCUGGAUCCUCUUGUCUCCUCACUAUGUUCAUCCCAGAGAACACAGAUAUGUUAGUGAGUGUCACCUCUUUAGCUCUUCUGGGGAAACUCAUGGUCAGUGCAGCGUUUAACAUCACCUACGUCUACACCGCCGAGCUCUAUCCCACUGUGGUCAGAAACGCGGGCCUCGGGGUCUGCUCCAUGUCGUGCAGGUUCGGAGGGAUCCUGGCCCCGUUUGUUCCCUCGAUGGUGAGUGAUUCAUGCAGGCGGGGUAGUUUGUGUGAGGUGGGUUUUUGGCGGGGUGGUCUGGGCUGUGGGGCGCGGCUGGGGCGGUGGUGUUGGGGGGGUUGCGGGGUGCGGGGGGUGUAUGGGGGGGGGAGGGGGGGGAAUAGGGCUGGGGGGGCGCGGCGCUGGGGGGGGUGGGGGUGGUAUCGUGAGCGGCUCGGGGGGGGCGCGGUGGGUGGGCGUGGGGGAGGUCUUGGGGGGGGUGGGGGGGGGGACAGGGUGGGGGGGAGUGGGGGGGUAAGGCGUGGGGGGGAGGGGGGGGGGGGGGGGGGGGGGUGGGGGGGGGGGGUGGGGGGGGGGGGGGGGGGGGGGGGUGUGGGGGGGUGGGGGAUAUGGGGGGGGUGGUCGGGGGGGGGGGAGGGGUGGGGGGGGGGGGGGGGGGGGGGGGGGGGGGGGGGGGGGGGGGGGGGGGGGCCACGGGAGAGCAAAGAACAAACCCAAGCAACACACGACACGAAUACUACAACACCCUCCCCCCAGCUCUCCCCAUCAUCUCCUCCCCGGGUGUCUCUCGCCUCCCUCCUGGAGCUCCCACGCAGCUCCCCCUGUAUCCUCCCCUCCUAUCUUCCCCCCUCCCCCUGUAUCUUCCCCGGGUACUGGUCUCCCCUGUUUCUCCUGUAUCUUCUCUAUCUCCCCUCUCCGCCCCUCUCCCCUCCAUCCCCUCCCUCUCUCUUCCCCCUCUCUCCCGUCCCUCAUCUUCCUCUCUACUCCCUAUCUCCCCUUACUCUCUACUCUCUCCCCCUCCCUCUCCCAUCUCUCUCCCUCCCCUCUCCCGCCCUCAACCUCUCUCUCUCCCUCAUCUCCCUCUCUGCUCCUCUCUCCCCUCUCUCCCUCAUCUCCCCCCUCCCCCCUCUCCCAAUCUCCUCUCAUCCCCUCUCACCUCCUCUUCUCCCCUCCCCCCAACUCCUCUCCUCUCUCUCCCUCCCCCUCUCUCCCCCCCUCUCUCCUCUUAUCAGUCCCCUCUCCUUCUUUAUCUCCCCCCCUCUCCCCCUCUCUCUCCCCCUGUGUCUCCUCCUCUCCGACUCCACUACCUCUCUUCCUCCCCUGUAUCCCAUCUCCCUAUCGCUCUUCAUUCCCCUGUGUCUGCUCCUGGGUCUCUCGCCCCUCUUCUCCUGUGGCUUCAGCCUGUGUCUGUCUUCCCCUGUAUCUCCCCCCGACUCUCCUUCUGCAGUCUUCUCUCCCCUCGUUCUCUUUCUUCCCCACCUUGGGGCCUCUCUCUCCUCCCCUGGGUCUCUUCUUCCCUUCCCUCGUGCCUCUCUUCCUCUCCCUCCCCUCUCUCGGUCUCCUCACCUCCUCUCUCCCGUCCCUCCUCCCUCCUCUCUGUCUCUCUCUUCUCCUCUGCCUCGUUUUUCUGUGUCUCUCUCUUCUCCUUUCCCCUCCUCUCUCGUCUCUUCUCCUCCUCCUUGCUCUCUCCCCUCCCUGUGUCUUCUCUCUCCCCUGGGGUUCCCUCCCCUCUCCCUAUCUGUGUCCUCCCCUGGAUCUCCCCCCCGUCCGAGUAUCUCCGAUCUUGGAUCUUCCCCUCUGGUCUCCCUGUGUUCUCCCUCUCCACCCUCCCCCUUCCCCCUGAAUCUCACCCCUGAAUACUCCCCCCGUACAUCAGAUCUCAGUAAAUCUCCCCCCCUGUAUCGCUCCUAUCUAGCUCCCCGUUAUCUCCAGCUCAUCAUAUCCCCAGCUCCCCCCCGUAUCUCUCCGUAUCUGCUCCCAUUCCCAGCUCCUCUCUGUGUCCACCCUGUUAUCUCCCUCUCCAACUGUGUCUCCCCUGUACUCUAUCGCACCUCUCCCCCUGUGUCCGCUCCUCCCCUUAACUCAAAUCUUCCUCAUCUCCCUCUAUCUCUCCUGUGUCCUCUCUCGUGGCCUCCCUCCCCUUAUCUCCCGUAUCUCCUCCCUCCGUAA